AUGUCGAGCCCACAUAAGAAAAGGAAACUUAACGACCAGUCCUCAUCUGGAGUGCCCUCGCGGGGACUGGAAUAUUUCUUCUCAAAACAAAGGCAGAAUGGUACAUCGGCAUUUAAAACCACACCAGAUUUGCCAUCAGAGACCCCGGAAUCAGGAGAUCAGCAAUCAGAAUUGACAGACGAGGAACUUGCGCGGAAGCUGCAAGCGGAAUGGGAUGCCGAAAUUCAAAACGAAAGAGCAAGUUCAACACCGUGUCCAGAGCCGGUGAAAGAUCCGGGCCCCCAAUUUCAAUCGAAUAAGGCAGAAGAGUCCACCAACGAGCAGCCCGGCGUUGACCUUUCGUCGAGACCUGCCAUGCUUCCGGAGGCGCCGAAGAAAAACACCUUGUCACUUUCCUCUGUAGCCAAAGCCGAAGAUGCUAUUGCAACAACAAUUCCUUUAGACCAAAGCCCUUUGACCUUUGAUCCUUCAGAGUUUGUUUCUCAGCUCAAGACUCACUGGGCUGCCGAGGGUGGCCAUGCAUCCUACGCCUUCCUGACCCGAUGCUUCAUUCUGGUGAAUGCGACGCAAAGCCGCAUCAAAAUAGUAGAUACACUCGUCAAUUGUAUCAGGGUCUUGAUCGAAGCUGAUCCCGAAAGUCUUCUGCCAGCUGUAUGGCUCGCGACCAAUGCCAUCUCGCCCCCUUACAUCUCCUUGGAGCUUGGUUUGGGAGGUUCGGCAAUCUCCAAGGCGCUCAAGCAAGUAUGCGGCCUAGACAGUCGUGCUUUAAAGACCAUUUACGACAAGUACGGCGAUGCGGGAGACGUUGCUUUUGAAGUGAAGAAAAAGCAAAGCUUCACUUUACGGAAGCCGAAGCCUUUGACAAUCAAGGCUGUCUAUCAGUCGCUGGUCAAAAUUGCCAACACUCAAGGCCAAGGAAGUGGGGAGGCCAAACAGAGGAUCGUGGAUCGACUUUUGCAGGAUGCCCGGGGUGGUGAAGAGAGCAGAUACAUCGUGCGGACGCUGUGCCAGCAUCUGCGUAUCGGAGCUGUGAAAACCACUAUGCUAAUAGCCCUCUCCCGGGCUUUUCUACUUUCAAGACCCCAAGGAGCUGAUUUCCCCUUGCGGUCAACCAAAGAUCUUCAGAAGUUGAAAAAGGAAGAACUGGCUGAAGUUUGGAGUAGGCCGGAAGAAAUCGUCAAAGCUUGCUUCGCGCGACGUCCCAACUACAACGACCUCGUACCAAUCAUGCUGGAAAUCGGCGUCUGUGAUGAGCUUCUACUUCGUUGCGGUUUAACUCUUCACAUUCCCCUACGGCCGAUGUUGGGUAGCAUUACGAGGGACCUCUCGGAGAUGCUUACCAAACUUCAAGGCAGAGAUUUUGCCUGCGAGUUCAAGUAUGACGGCCAACGUGCUCAAAUCCACUGCGACGAAAAGGGCAAGGUUACAAUUUUCUCACGCCAUCUGGAACUCAUGACUGACAAAUACCCUGAUUUGGUCGCUUUAAUGCCCAAGAUCCGGGGUCAGGGCGUGGAUAGCUUUAUUAUGGAGGGCGAAGUCGUCGCGGUGGAUAGUGGGACGGGAGAACUCAAGAAUUUCCAGACCUUGAGCAACCGUGCACGGAAAGACGUUGCUAUUGGGAGCGUACAAGUCAACGUGUGCAUGUUCGCCUUCGACCUCAUGUUCCUCAAUGGCCAACCCCUACUGGAUCGUCCGUUCCGAGAACGAAGGGAGCUGUUGCGGUCCAUGUUUAUAGAGGUUCCUCGUCAGUUUACUUGGGUGAAGAGCCUCGACGCAACAUCACAAGACUUUGACGCCGUCCUCGAGUUUUUCAAAGCAGCGACCGACAUCAAGUGCGAAGGCAUUAUGGUGAAGAUUCUGGACAACUUGACCAAUAUCCCAUACCAAGGUGACGAGGCACUAGGGGUUGGUGGAGAGGUCGCCGAGGAACCACGAACACCUUCGAAAUCGAAAUCAAGAGGCAGAAGCAGCAAAGAUGAGGAGGUUGGUACGAAGAAAAAUGGUCGGCGGAAACCCCUUUUAGCCACAUACGAGCCGGAUAAACGUCUAGAUUCGUGGUUGAAGGUCAAGAAGGAUUACAACGCGAGCUUCGAUACUUUGGAUAUGAUACCGGUCGCCGCAUGGCAUGGACAGGGCCGGAAGUCCAAGUGGUGGUCGCCUAUUCUCAUGGCCGUCCGUAACGAACACACCGCCUCUCUUGAAGUCGUAUGUAAAUGCAUGUCCGGGUUCGCGGAUGCCUUCUACAAGGCGAACAGAGAAUUCUACGACGACGGCGAGCUGAACGGUGGGGAUAGAAUCAACACCCGAACGCAGAAGCCGGCGUUCGUCGAGUACUCGGGGCCGGAGCCUGACGUGUGGUUCGAGCCGCAGGAAGUGUGGGAGAUGGCAUUUGCGGAUAUUACCUUGAGCCCGACGUACACAGCCGCGAUCGGCUUGGUCAGCGAGGAUCGUGGAUUGAGUCUGCGGUUCCCGCGGUUUUUGAAGAAGAGGGAGGACAAGAGCAUGGACGAGGCGAGCACGAACGAGUUUCUUGCUGGGUUAUGGAGGAAGCAAGAGACAAAGGCGCCAGCUGGUGACGGACGGGAUGAGUAUAACGACCUUGAGGAGUGA